UGCUAUAUAAAGGCAGAUGCACCUGGUAUUCUUGGUAUCAGUAUCGGUCGUCGUUAAAGGACUAAGGGACAGGACUAGCUCGCACGAAGAGUCCUCGCUAUGAAGACGAUCCUCAUCUUCGUGACAGCCAUAGUGGGAGCUCUAGCAGCACCCCAAGUUAAUCCAAAUGACAUCACAAUCGUGAAACAAGAGGAAUCGAACAAUAUUGGAGUAGGUGGAUAUCAUUUUAGUUACGAACAAAGCGAUGGCCAAAAAAGGGAUGAAACUGGGGAAUUGAAAAAUGAGGGUACUGACGACGAAUCGAUGGAUGUAACGGGUAGUUUUUCAUUCACAUCACCAGAUGGCCAUACUUACAGGGUUGAUUACAAGGCCGACAAGGACGGAUUCCACCCUACCAUCAAUCUUGUAUCCAAAUAGAGAAGUAUCAGAAGUGAUGUUCCGUACUAUUAACGUUAUCUAGGAUUUUGCGACCUUCGACACACGCCAAUAUAAGUGCAUUAGUAUAUCUUAGAGACGAGGGUCUCUAGUAUAUCUUACACUUACCUUAAAAUAAUUCUGAGGCACGCGAUUCACUGUUAAAUAUCCUUAAAAUUAUUGAUCAUCAAUUCCAAAUAAUUUACCUCCCUUACAACCGUUCACCAUUCUUUCUUUUCUUCUGGAAGUAUUGAACUUAAGAUAGGUGAUUGUUUUGACUGUAAAAUAGAAUUGUUGUUCGACCCAGUAAAGGCAAAUUUUCAAUAAUAUAAAAUUUUCUGAAGAAUCUACUUCGUUCAUUUACAUCGUUUAAUUAUGGCAACAGUAUGAAUUCUAUCUUCAGUUGUGAAACGCGUGCCGGUUUGUAAGGCAAGUUAUACUAUAUAGAUUUGAGGAACUAUUGUUAAACAUUUUGAACGAGAGACUAUUCAGGAUCGAUUAUUAGAGAGACGACGACGUAGCAUUCAUUAGCACGCCUUAAAAUUCGCGUGAAAAUGAGUAACGUUUUUAUACAUGUACCCUUAUAUAUGCAUAGUAAAACACCAAUCGCGUAAUAAAUAUAUACAUACAUACACAGAUCA